GUCUUAUCGCUGUAAGGAAGGCUGGUAGGAAGGUCAGAUGGCAGUCGCUUUCGUAAAAACUAGUGCCUAUGCCAAAUCUUGGGAUUAAUUGUCAAGCGGACCCCAGGUUCCCAUGAGCCGAGGCAAAAUGUCGGGACAACGCGAGGAAAAAGAAGAGAGGUGAGCUAUUUGUACUAAAUAUGACUGAUAUGCACCAAAAAAACUCAUUUGGUUUCGAGAGAGGUUUCAAACCCACGAUCUUCAGUUUGAAAAUGACAUGCCUUCGCGCUCGUUUAUCUGCAAUAACAUGGCAAUGACUAUUAUAUUACUUUUACUUAGGUAUAUCACGCAACACAAAAUGAUUUCAAAUUACUUUGUAUAGGUACUGUUAUAAAAAUAAACACUAUUUUUAUUAGACACCUAUUACAAUUGCGAAUAUUUUACAUAUUCUGCCUUUAUCUUUAGGACACGUGUGGUGGUUAAAAUUGUAAGCAUUCUAUUACGAAAGUACUACACGUCAUUUGUUCGCGAUGUAACAUAUAAAUAUGAGUAAAGUAUAUGUACCCACUUCACUCAACAAAUCAUUUUAAGACAUUUUACUGGCAUAUCUAUACAGAAAUGGCAUUUUCAGUCCGAUACUGCAUCAUAUUCUUUGUUGCUGCUAACGCAGCGGCAAAAGAUUCCUUCCAUCCACUCUCCGACGAGUUCAUAUCUCUGAUAAACUCAAAACAAACCUCUUGGAAAGCUGGCCGAAAUUUCCCUUUGGACACUCCGAGUACACAUAUCGAGAUUCUAAUGGGAGCCAUCGAGGAUCCAUUCUUUUCUACGCUGCCUCCCAAAGUUCAUGACGCUGACCUGAUAGCAAGCCUACCGGAAAACUUCGACCCGAGAGAGAAAUGGCCUGAUUGCCCAAGUCUAAACGACAUAAGAGACCAAGGAUCGUGUGGAAGUUGCUGGGCCUUUGGAGCUGUAGAAGCUAUGACUGAUAGAAUUUGCACUUACUCAAAUGGCACGAAGAAAUUCCACUUCUCUGCUGAUGACCUGGUGAGUUGCUGUGAAUUUUGUGGAUUCGGCUGUUAUGGUGGUAUUCCAUCAGCAGCGUGGUUGUACUGGGAAUAUUUUGGCAUUGUGUCUGGAGGACCAUAUAAUUCAUCUCAAGGUUGCAGGCCUUAUGAGAUUCCUCCUUGCGAGCACGGCGUAGAUGGAAACAGGCCGAUGUGUGAAGGGCAUCAUGAAACACCUGAUUGCGUAGAAGAAUGCGGAUCGAGAUAUAAUGUUGAAUAUGCUAAAGACAAGCACCAAGCAAUAGUUGCUUAUUCUGUUAGCGGCGAAGAUCAUAUUAAAGCAGAAUUAUACGCUCACGGUCCCGUUGAGGCUGGGUUUCAAGUGUACGAAGAUUUCAUUCAUUAUAAGAGCGGAGUAUAUUCUUACACAUCAGGGAUACUUAAAGGGGGUCACGCUAUCAAAAUUUUAGGAUGGGGUGUAGAGAAUGGAAAGAAAUACUGGUUGUGUGCUAAUUCCUGGAACAGUGAUUGGGGUGACAAAGGAUUCUUCAAAAUUCUUCGAGGUGAAGAUCAUUGCGGCAUUGAAAGUGGAGUAGUAGCCGGGGAACCUGAUUUAGAUGGAUUUCAAUAAAAACAUAAUCGUGUCUGGUUGUCUACUGGCAGAAAUUGUUUUAUCUUAUAUAAUUAAAUGUUAUAAAAUAUCACAAACAA